AUGCCGGCGGCCGGCGUAACUCCGACGACCGUCAAUGGGAGAGAAUACCCAGGAAAUCUCACCUUGUUCGUCACUAUCACUUGCAUCGUUGCCGCCUCCGGCGGUCUGAUUUUCGGCUACGAUAUUGGAAUUUCAGGGGGCGUUACAUCCAUGGAUCCGUUUUUAAAGAAAUUCUUCCCGUCGGUAUACCAUAAGGAGAAGAAUGAUUCGUCGGUAAAUCAGUAUUGCAAGUUCAACAGCGAGACUCUAACGAUCUUCACGUCGUCUCUUUACCUUGCUGCCUUAGUUUCUUCUCUUGUUGCCUCGUCGAUCACCAGAGUGUUGGGUCGGAAACUCUCUAUGGUGUUGGGAGGUUCUUUGUUUUUCGUUGGAGCUCUCGUUAAUGGAUUUGCGCAUGGUAUUUGGAUGCUUAUUUUGGGUCGUAUUCUUCUCGGUUUUGGCAUCGGUUUUGGAAAUCAGGCUGUUCCAUUGUAUCUUUCUGAGAUGGCGCCUUACAAAUAUAGAGGAGCCCUUAACAUAGGGUUUCAAUUCUCGAUAACGAUAGGGAUCCUCGUAGCGAAUGUCCUCAAUUACUUCUUUGCCAAGAUAAAGAGUGGAGAAGGGUGGCGUUAUAGUUUGGGUGGGGCGAUGGUCCCUGCGAUAAUCAUGGCGGUUGGAUCGUUUUUCCUUCCCGAAACUCCGAAUUCCAUGAUCGAGCGUGGCAAACAUGAAGGCGCUUUGCAACACCUUCGCAAGAUAAGGGGUGUCGAGAAUGUGGAAGAGGAGUUCAAUGACAUGAUAGCAGCGAGUGAAGAGUCGAAGAAGGUGGUUAAUCCUUGGAGUAAUUUGCUACAACGCAAGUAUAGGCCUCACUUAACAGUGGCCAUUCUUGUCCCGUUUUUCCAACAGCUUACCGGGAUAAAUGUCAUCAUGUUUUACGCCCCGGUUCUUUUUAAGACUAUCGGAUUUGGCGACGAUGCGUCCCUCAUGUCUGCGGUGAUCACAGGGCUCGUGAACGUAUUCGCCACCGUUGUCUCCAUAUACGGAGUUGAUAAGUGGGGGAGAAGGUUCUUGUUUCUCGAAGGUGGUACUCAAAUGUUCAUUUGUCAGGUAUGA